AUGGCGGUGGCGCGUGGGCUGCUGGCGGCGGGGCUGUUCCGCGGGCGGGUGGCCAUCGUCACCGGCGGCGGCACCGGCAUCGGCAAGGCCAUCGCCGCCGACCUGCUGGCCCUAGGUUGCAGUGUUGUUAUUGCCUCUCGUAAACUUGACCGAUUAGAAGCUGCUGCAGAAGAACUGAAUAAAACAUUUUCUUCCAUGAGUCCUGCCAAAGUGACUCCCAUACAGUGCAAUAUCCGCAAAGAAGAUGAGGUAGAAGCUUUGGUGAAGUCUACACUGAAUCUUCAUGGGAGGAUUGACUUCCUGGUGAAUAAUGGAGGGGGACAAUUUGCAAGUCCUUCUGAAGCCAUCCGUGCAAAAGGCUGGCAUGCUGUGAUAGACACAAAUCUGACAGGGACCUUCUACUGCUGCAAAGCAGUGUACAAUGCCUGGAUGCGGGAACAUGGAGGUGUCAUUGUCAACAUUACUGCUGCUGUGAGAAAUGGGUUUCCUGGAAUGUCGCAUACAGGAGCUGCAAGAGCAGCAGUGGAAAACCUAACGAAGAGUUUAGCUUUAGAAUGGGCCCACAGUGGAGUAAGAAUCAACAGUGUUGCUCCUGGACUAGUGUUUUCAGAAACUGCUGUUGCAAACUAUGGAGAACAAGGACCAGUGAUGUGGUUAAACAACAUACCAAAGAUUCCUGCCAAGAGGGCAGCAGUUCCUGAGGAGAUCUCUCCUGCAGUAUGUUUCCUGCUAUCUCCAGCUGCUUCCUUCAUAACUGGAAUAACCAUGAUUGUGGAUGGAGGCCAAAGUUUAUAUAGCCAUACCCUAGAAAUACCUGAUCAUGACAGAUGGCCCUCGCCACCAGGAGGAAAAAAUACUGAAAUGCUUAAAGAGUUUCUUUCUGGCAAGUUCAAGCCAAAGCUCUAGAAGAAUAGGAUUUCACCUCGUUCCCAACUGCACGCUUGCUGAUAAUCUCACUUUGUGAUUUGGGAUUAGUAUUCUCAGCAAUGUAACUUUUUUUGUUCAUACAUAACUACAGA